CCUCCCCAAAACCUCGAUUCCCCAUACCUUAUCCUCUACCUGGUUUACCCAUUCUCAUUCCCCUGUUCAGCAGCAUCUUCAUCACUUUGUUCGGGUUCUCGUCGACGGCAUCAAUGCCAGCAAAGCUCGAAUGGGGUGAUGAAGCAGUGAGAGAAGAGAACUGAAAGCAUGGGUUCGGCAGCCAAAACAGUUUGCGUUACAGGGAGUACCGGUUUCAUCGGGUCAUGGCUUGUCAUGAGACUCAUGGAGGGCGGCUACACAGUUCGAGCCACCGUACAACGCGACCCAGAUAACAUGAAGAAGGUGAAGCAUUUGCUGGAACUGCCUGGUGCAAAGACCAACCUGACUAUUUGGAACGCCGAUCUUACUGAAGAGGGAAGCUUUGAUGAAGCCAUCAAUGGAUGCUCCGGAGUUUUCCAUGUGGCCAGCCCCAUGGACUUUAAUUCCAAGGAUCCUGAGAAUGAAGUGAUCAAGCCUUCCAUAAACGGGGUGCUAGACAUCAUGAAAGCAUGCCAGAAAGCUAAAACUGUACGGAGGCUGGUUUUCACAUCCUCCGCAGGUACCCUCAACGCUGUAGAGCACCAAAAACAAAUGUGUGAUGAGAGCUGCUGGAGUGACGUUGAGUUCUGCCGGAGAGUAAAGAUGACCGGUUGGAUGUAUUUUGUUUCAAAGACACUGGCAGAGCAAGAAGCGUGGAAAUUUGCCCAAGAGCAUGACAUUGACUUCAUUACAAUCAUUCCAUCCCUUGUUGUUGGUUCCUUUCUAAUGCCGACAUUGCCACCUAGCCUAACCACCGCUCUUUCUCCCAUCACCGGAAACGAGGCCCAUUAUUCGAUUAUAAAGCAAGGCCAAUAUGUCCACUUGGAUGAUCUUUGUCUAGCUCACAUUUUCCUGUUCGAGCACCCUAAAUCAGAAGGAAGGUAUAUCUGUAGUGCAUCUGAGGCUACUAUCCAUGACAUUGCAAAGUUAAUUAACUCAAAGUAUCCAGAGUACAAUGUCCCGACUAAGUUCAAGAAUAUUCCAGAUGAAUUGGAGCUUGUCAGAUUUUCAUCAAAGAAGAUCAAAGACAUGGGAUUCGAAUUUAAAUACAGCUUAGAGGAUAUGUACACUGGAGCAAUUGACACAUGCAAGGAAAAAGGGCUUCUUCCUAAAGCUGCAGAAAAUCCAAGCAAUGGCAUAACAGAGAAAUAAAUUUGCCUUGUUUAAUUUAUAUCUUUGUGUCUGUGAUAUGGCUUAUGGUUCCUCCAUUACCUAUUAUGUUUCUUGAUUCGGAUUUCUGUUCUUAAUUAAUUAAGGUUUCUGUGUUUUGGGUUUGUAAGGACAGAUUAUCUUUCAAUAAGUUAAAAGAUGUCUACUUAACAA